AUGUUACAUUCCAUCAUAUGAAUUAAUGUACAUCAUAUGGCUGGCUGCAUAAAGAUUUAUCCCUUAUUCAACAGUUAAAAUCACAGAGUUAUUGAGCAUAAAUAUUUACACGUUAACACUUAAGGGAUCAUGGGAGAAGUGAGUCCGGAAGAGGUGAGUUUUAAGACCCUUCUUAAAUGCAGAGAGAGAUUCAGCAGUUCUGAGUGAGAGGGGCAGGUCAUUCCUCCAUUUCACAGCCAGAACUGAAAACCUUUGUGCUUUUGAUUUUGGACCUUUUGUGCAUGGGACUACCAAUCGGGCAGAGGUUGAGGAGCACAGUAGUCUGGUUGGGGAUGUAGCAAGUGAUCAGGUCUUGUAGAUAUAAAGUGUCAAUAAUGUUAAUAGGACAAAAAACAUUUUCAAAAGUUCAUAAAAAUUGUGCUGUUUGGAAAAUUGUGGACCAUGUGCUAUGAACUACGUUUGCUGUGUGGUGUAGUGCUAAUGUGAUUUAUGAUAUUCCUGAAUCUGUGCGAAGCAAAUUUAAUUUCUGCUCUACACCUGUACAUAGUGACUUUAAACCAAAACUUAAAUGGUGCAUUAAAACAUGCAGGUCCUAAAUUUUUUAAAGGCUUAAAAUUCUACUGCAGAACACAUUUCCUGUAACUAUUGCAGAAGUUGAAAGGCAAGUUCACAGAAGCAAUAAUGAAAUUCAACAACCACUUAACUUGUGGACAAAAUGCAAAGCAAUACUUUGAAGUACCUAGAUGAGCCUCCUGCUAGUUUAAGUCCAAAAAACCUACAAUUUAUUUUUUCCUUUGGUACUUUAAAUUGUAAAAUACAAUAUUCAUAAUGUCUAUUGCCUAAUACAUGAUAAUCAUGAAUAAUUUAAAAUAUUUGUUAGUAUCUGUUGACUUCAAUGAGAGCUUCAUCUGUGUAAUGGCUGGUUAGAGAAUGCAGUGAUGAAGACAAGCAUAAUAAAGGUGAGGGAAGUUGGCACAUGGAAUGGGGUAACAAUGUGUUGCCAAAGGACAAGGAAGCUCUUUAUUACAGGAAGUGUGCUGAAAUCCUCAGGCUUUCAAAUGCCUCAAGUCAAAUUGUUAAAUUCAGCAUCACGUUUUGCUUGGCCCACUUGACAUUUAUGCUAUGGUACUUUUGAGCAAAGUAUUUGCCCAGAAUGGCUUCAAGAAAAAUAAUAUAGAUGUGCCAAAUACUCCUAGUCAUUUUGGAUCAGCUAAGCAACAUGAUUUUCAUAAGAAUAAGAUAUUUUCUUCUGCUGUAUCAUGUCAAGUUUUCAAAUAAUGCUGCCAGGCAGACAAUGGUGGUAGGAGUGGGAUUUCAAUCCAUAGUACCAUUCUUUUUUGACUGGAAGUUGUUAAUUUGCCUCACCCUCAUGCAUAUGUAAUUAAGUUUUUUGACCAUCACUGAGCAAUUCUUAUUUGCUUACGUACCCUUGCAGCCAUGACCUUUAGGGGCUUUGCCUCAGUGUUCUACAGUGAGCCAGCGGUCCUGGGCAUGCUAGCCAAUGUGUUCAGCGCCUUCUACGUUGCUCUGCAAAACUUUGCCCACGUGUCAACCGGCACACCUGCGCUGGGCCUGGAAAACACCUUGGCAGGCAUUCACCUGAUUCUGAUUGGCGGACUGGUGCAGCUGGUUGCCGGGCUCUUGACCUUCCGCAAGUAUGACCACCUGGCUGGCACGACUUUUGUGGCUUUUUCAGCGCUGUGGGGAAGCUAUGGGGCCACUCGGUUGGUGUUGGGCUCCUGGGAAAUUAGCAAGUCCUCUGUUGUGCCCACCACUGUGACAGCACUGACUGACAAGGCCAGGCCAGAUGCCGUCACACCCGUGAUGCACACAACUGCUAUCCUGAAUCAUUUCACCACCACGCUGUUCAGUUCCAUUGACGCCACAGCCAAGGUAACCAUUGCCCUGGCUAAUGCUACCAUUGCCCCAACUGUCUCUGGGAACAUCUCAGUGCCUCAGCCACCACCUAUCGCAGAGUCUGCUGUGGCUGGCCUUGUGCCCUACAUCACAAUUGCCUUCAUAGUCACCUUCUGCUCUGCCACAGCCAACUAUGUAAUGCCGGUGGUGUUCGGUGCAAUCACUUUAACUCUAGUGAUGGAGGCAAUAGGCGUCCGAGUGGCUGGAGCCCUGGGGGCCUCUGGUUUCAUGCAGCUGGUGAUCACUGCCGUGGGUCUGUAUGGUGCGGCUGCGCUACUCCUGAAGGGCUUGUAUCAGCGCCAUGUCCUCCCCGGGUUUGGCAACGCACCCUUCGAUGUACUGCUGCUGGGUGCUGCCAUCAAGCAAUCCGAGCGGAAGCAGGUGAGGAAGGGCGGUGAGGAGGAGGAGGAAAAGAAGAAGAACAGCAAGUAUGCAGAGCCCUUCGCCCUGGGAAACAUGGCCGACACAGUGGCCGCCGCCGUGCUGGCCUUUCACAGCUUUGGCUACCCCGCCUCCUUCCAAGUGGGGGUUCUAUGGGUUACCAUCGAUGCAGCAGCCCUGCUACUGGCCAGCUACUAUGCCUGCCUGCGUGGUGAUAGUUUCUACUGCACCAAAUUUGGCCUGCACUGUGCCCUCUGGCUGGUGCUGGCCCUGGAAGAGUUUGUAGCCUCUGUGGGCUUCCCACGGUUGGCUCUGGGACUCGAGGAGGGUGCCUUGGGCCGACUGAGCCUGGUGGGCGGCUGGUUCUUCCUGCUGUCUUCUUUGCCGCCCUUCCUGCUGUCCCUGUGCCGUGACCGGGCUGAACUCCUGCACAACCUGAGCUUCACUUUCAUCACGAUAGCGGCGCUACCCCAGAUGCCCAGCCAUUCCCGGGGUGUCUUCCUGGGUUUGACCCUGUCCUUCUAUUCCGGCUUCAGCCUCUACAUGUCCUUUGUCAGCCUGGUCAACUCGAUUGCUGAGAAGUCCCUAAUUUCACGUGGCAGUCGGCUGCUCACUCCCGCCAAAUUGCAGGAGAUGCUGUUUGGACUGAAGCGCUGCCUCACACCCCACCCGGCCUCAGUCCCUCCUGCUCCAGAUAGCCCUGCACAGCUGUCCGCCCGCCUGCCAGAUGCCCUUUUCUACCUGUGCAAUGGACUGGCAGCCUGGGCAGCAAUUACUGGGUCCUCCGUUGGCCUGGCUCAAGGACUGCUAGCCUUGCCUGGGGUCCUGGUUCCUGGCACUGUUAUGCAGCUCUAUGUAGCCCGGCUGCAGGUACGAGGGGGGCGCAGAUUUGGACCCACAGUGCCCUUCUGUUAUGCAGCCAUCUGGGCCACAUGGGGCUUGCUGCGACUGGCAGGUCCUGCAAUGAAGGUCUCCGACCCCAUUCUGCAUGGUUUUGGCGCUGGAGCAGCAGCGUUUCUUGUCAUCAACUUCUUCAUCAUUAUAAUUGCGGCGUACAGCAACGUGAUCCUCCUGAUCCUCACUAUCACCAUGGAGGCCUUACUUGUCUGUUUCCUUCUCUUCACCCUGAACCGACCCACCUUGAAGCUGGAAGCUGGUCUCCUGGCAUACUUUGGCACUACGUGUCUGUACGGAGCAACUGCUGCGCUGACUAAUCAUGUCUUUGAGAAGAACCUGAUCCCCAUGGGUCCCAAGGUCAUCAAGUCGGCAAAGCCCAAAGCUGUGUGUGGUACCAGCCCCCCCUGCCCGUGCCCCACAUCGGAGAAGACGAGCGGCCUGCGUACCAUCGCGGCCGUCCUAGGGAGAGGGGGAGUGUGCGGCAUACCCUCCGAUACAGUCUACACAUUGGCUGCCUCCUGCAGACACCCUUCAGCCAUCCAACGCAUCUACAACAUCAAGGAGCGACCCCUUGAGAAACCAAUCUGCCUGACCAUCGCCAGCCUGAAACAGCUGGAGGCCGUGGAACCGCCCUUCAGCCCACUACUCUGGGAGUUCAUGCGGCACGUGUACCCCGGUGGCAUCGGUUGCAUUGUCCACAAGGGGCCAUGGCUACGCAAGCUAGGCGUGGGCGAGGCGUACGACUACGUGGGAACCAAGGAGAGCAUCAUGAUUCGGAUCUCGGACCUCACCGUCACCUCCCACCUGCUGAGCAUGACCGGACCCCUGGCCAUCACCUCGGCCAAUCCCAGCGGGGAGCCGGACAGCACGCAUCACGACAUGGUCGUUUCGCGCCUCGCAGACAAGCUGGAUGGCGUGCUGUGCGACGGGGACUCCACCGAGCUGGUGUCCUCCACCGUCGUCAUCUGCACCAAGAUUGACGAAGGGAAGCUGUCCUUCCUCAGGGAGGGCGCGGUACCGAAAGCCAAGGUACUGGAGAUCUUUGAGAAAGUCAAGAACAAGAUGGCCGCCACUCAAGAUGCCUGACGGGAAGGAGAGCCGAGAGAGACAGAGACCCAGGACCAACACACAGCUACGGGCAGAGUGGGACGUGGGACAUGGUCCAGGGCUCAGAAAACACACGUAGAGCAAUAGCACACCCAGAAACACAGAGAGAAAAAGUCAGGCAGAGACAUAUUGAGGGACACACACACACACACACACACACACACAAAAUUAGGGACUUAGACACACACUCAUUGAACGAUUAGAAACAAACAUGAAGAUAUAGAGAGAAAGAGACGCAGACACAAACGUGCACCGUUUCUCAGAAACGGUCGACAGAAAUAAACACUCACAUUUACAUUUACACACAGUUACUCAACACAGAGCGUCACGCAACCAGCGCUCCUGUACCGCGAAUGGCGACAUUCAGCGGACCGAGUGUCAAAGCGUUUCUAUACCAAGUUUACGAUCCUAUUUAACGUCAACUUUUUCAAAAAGUUAAUACUUCACGUUGCAUAAGCAGAUUUUUACAUAGCUUUCUAGAAGCCAGUUUCAAGUUAGCGUGCAAUUAGAUUUUUUUUUUUUUUUUUAAAAAUGGAAAUAAACCAAAUUAUUGCAGAAACAACUAUGGUGGACUGACUCUGCCGUGUCAUUUCCUUCCCGAAUUGUGCAACGGCAUUGCGCCACCAGCGGCGCAGCCUUUUUUUUUCCCCCCACACCUGUCUGUGAAACCAGCAACAAACCACAGGACGCCGGCGCUCUGCAGGCUCAAGUGCUUUACUGAAAAGUAAAAGCAAAGUCACAGAAAUCACACAUACAUAAAGAACCACAGUUCCAAAGCACAUACAGUCACUGUUAGCUACACCAAAUGCAAAAGAGGAACACUUUUCAUUUGAAAGUAUGAAACAGAAUCUAAAAGCGUUUCACUUAAAGGGCGUCCUGCAGCAGAGGAGAGGGAGGCCUACAAGAUAUGGCUUUAAUGGCGCUCUGCUUGGCACACAAAGACGGGCACACAAAGACCCAAACCUGGCACUAGGGUACACUGUCAGUACAGUUGACGGACCACAGAAACCUGUCGGACGGGGUUCGGGUCGGUACUUGGCCUCACCUGACACGCUUCAGUGAGAAAGUGGCCUCGGCCUGCACCCGCCCCCAGCGGAACGGCAGACAGGUCCUGGACAGGUUCCCGUGGCUCUGCGGUCCUUUGCAUCCCAGACGUUGAUGUUUCAACCAUAUGGAUAGGCGAUUAACAUCCAGUGAUAGCUGUACGUCACCUGGGCAAAGUAUUCCGCUGGGGGUUGGAUGUGGCAGGGCAGAGCCGGACUCACCUGCUCACCCCACUGUGGAUAUAGAGGCACUGGGGCGCAGACCCCAGUACGGUACAGUACAGUACAGCAUGAUUUCUCAAGGGCCACAGUAGCGGUAAGAACAACUGUGGGUGGACCCCUUUUCUAAUGCAUGAUGGGAUUUUCUCCCUCAGAUUAAAGGACUGCGUUCACCUGUCGCAACCUGGCGAGACUCCGCCCCCCUCCCCCCACAGCAAGGACGCAAUUGCCAUGGCAACAAAAUUACUGGCUUCCAGCACUAUUGUAAAGCAUCAAAUGUACAAGAUCACACAGAGGCUUUCUCUUGGUUGUGGACUGCGUGUUCCAGAGUGUGUGUGUGUGUGUGUGUGUGUGUGUGUGCGCGUGCGUGCGAGAGAAAACAAACACCUUUGCUCAACACAAUGAAACGCAAUCGGGAAUCCAGACUUCCGUGCCUUAAUAGAAGGCAUUGGUGAUAACAUUUUGUACCCAUGAACAAAUUCAUGAGAAUAGAGUGUAAACUGAGCUUGCUGUUUGUAGACCGACUGCAUGGGUUCCCAGCUGCCGCCUGACUCUGAGGAGGGAGCACAGUGUGUGCGGAGGUGCAUCACGCAGCUCGCUCUCUACUGCCCUCAGAACCCAUCUGGACUAGGGCGCAAAGACAGAACACUCUAGAUGAGAGUUUCUUGACCUGGCGUCCAUGGAUGAGCUUUGGGAGUACAAGAAUCGCACGCUUCCACUGAAAAGCCCACUUUCUAAGUGAAUAAAAGCCAAAAACAUCAACAUGCUACUAGUACCUAUAACAUAAUUCUAUGCAAAGGUAGUCAAGUUUUGGUUUUAUUUGUCCAGGUUAUUUAUGGACAUUCCUUAGCUUUCAUCAGAUUCUUAAAGGGGUUCAUGGCCUACAAAGGGUUGAGAACCUCUGCUCUACAGAGUAAAACUACCUUUACACGGAUGAAGCCAAGGACUUUCCCCCCCCCCCCC